UGCCGUCGACUCACCGCCGCCGUGCCGUCUCGUCCCCGCCGUCGUCCGUCGCCUUCGACCGGUCGCCGCUCAUUGCAGUGCCUUAUCUCGCAGGUAUCUGAUUUGCCGUCAUCCCCUUUUCUUCUCGCUAAUUGUCCCUUCCGCAACUUACUCUCUCAGGUAUGCAAGAUCAACUUUAAAAUCCUCCUUAUCGAAGUCGAUUGAGAUUUUUCGAGUAUCUUUUAAUUGUUUGUUCUUCUGCAUUUUCUUUGAUCACGCACUGGUUGGUAAAUUUCAAUUUCGUAUGGAUCUCUGAAUCUAUGUGGUCGAGAUUGACGCCAAGGAUCGUGCAAAUGUCCAUUCCUUCUUCAUAAUGUUUAAACAGCAGGUGUUUAUUGAAUUAUCUGCUUGUUAAUUGUGUAGACCUUACUAUUGACUGUAAUGUUUUCCCUGCAUCGGUAUCGAUAAGCUCAACUAUUCAUUUACCCGCACCACUCCGUUCGACUUUUAGUUUCAGUGGACGUUGUUGUUCUGAUCUCAACUUUUGUUCAAAAGUAUCUAAUGCGACGAAGAAGCUUAUUUCUACUUGUCCGGCAAAUUUGUGACCUCAGGAGUGGAUGUAGUCAUCAGAAUCUCUGUCGGCAUAUAUCAUCUCACAAUUCUUCCACCUUCACCCAGACGGCACAGAAACUAGAACAUGACGCUCACGAUCCUCUCUAUGUAGAUAUACCCAAACCCCGUACGAGGAAGUCCGAAAGAAAACCCUAUCCCACUCCCAUGAACCUUUUGAUUCUAAGGGCGAAAGAGGAGAGAAAAGCCAGAAAGGCCCAGCCUUGUAGGAUGGUUGAACAUCCCCCCGACAAUGGAUUGCUGCUGCCUGAUCUUGUCCAUGUAGCUCAAGCAGUCUACCUAGCUUGGAAAUCGCUCCUCUUCGGCAUGUCGAGGCUCGUGGAGGUCAUUCCCGUUCAACGAUGCAGGUCCUGCUUUGAGGUUCAUAUUGGACAUGAAGGUCAUGAAAUUCGAACUUGCAGUGGUGCGAAUAGUGGGUUUCGAAGUGCUACUCACAACUGGAGGAAGGGAGGUGUUCAAGAUGUGGUUUUUUUCCCUAAGUGUUACCAUCUUUAUGAUCGUGUAGGGAAACCAAGAGUUGGGCAUGAUGAGAGGCAUGGUGUACCAAGGAUACCUGCCAUAUUGGAGCUAUGCAUCCAAGCUGGUGUCGAUCUUGAAAAGUACCCUUCCAAAAGACGAACAAAACCUGUAUAUAGUAUCGAAGGGAGAAUUGUAGAUUUUGAGUUGGUGAAGGAAAAGAACGAGGUUGAGACAGGCCAUUUUGAUUUCACCAAUAGUGAUAAUUUUGGAAAAUCUGAUUGUGGGAUAGAUCUUGAAGAAACCAGUACACGCUCAUUCUCAUGGAAUAUUACGGAUCAGCCAAACGAAGAAGAGGCCGAGUUGAGAAAAUUGAGCAUUAAAACACUGGACUGGUGGCUUGAAAUGGUGUCCGGAGCAAAGAAAAUAAUGGAAAAGUACAGGGUGCAAACAUGUGGAUACUGUCCUGAGGUGCAGGUUGGUCCUAGGGGGCAUAAGGUAAGAAUGUGUCGAGGUUCAAAGCAUCAGUCUCGCAAUGGGUUGCAUGCAUGGCAGGAGGCAACGAUAGACGAUCUUGUGGGCGCCAAUCAUGUAUGGCAUGUGAGAGAUCUGGAAGGGCCUCCUCUGGAUAACAAGUUGAAGAGAUUUUACGGUCAGGUUCCAGCGGUCGUUGAACUAUGCGUGCAAGCAGGUGCACCUAUUCCAGAUCAGUAUAGGAGCAUGAUGAGGCUAGAUGUUGUUCCUCCAGACCGUGACGAAGUGGAUCUCGUUGCUUGACAUUGCUCUUAAUACUCAAAUGGAGAAUCUGUUAAGCGCCUCACAUUCAGAUAGAGGAAUCACCAUAAUAUAGAGAUCCGAUUCUCCAGAACAGUGCAAUGACUUCUUGUGGAUAUGGGACAAAUGGGACAUGGGAUGGUUUGGUUUGUAGCCUAUCUCGGUUUCACUUGACGACUAAACGGCCUUCCAGGGACAGGUUAUAGGUAGCAAAUGAGAGAAAUAAUGCAACUUCAUGGUCAGAUGAUAAGGUCUCUAAUCUAAUUCAGAAAGCCAAGGAAGCAAAUUGUUUGAUUUGUAGGAAGUCAGGAAGCGAGCAUUGACAUUUUCAUGCCAGAAUCGUUUUGGCCAAUCUGUCAUUCUAAUUCAGUAUACCAUAUUUGUAACUUAGUUCUUGCGAUGUUGAUGUCGAUGUUGUAGACAAUCGAUGUUGGGACAACGCAAUGUGUAAUUUACAUUUCAAUUUUUGUGAAUCAAAUAUGCUAUUAAAAUGAAAUAAAUUUUGUUGAUUAAA